CUUAUUUUUAAAUUUUUAACACAAAAAACAGAAGUUCAAAUUAUGCUUUAUGAAAAUGUAGAUACAAGAAUUCAAGGUGUUAUUAUUGGUCUCGAUGAAUAUAUGAAUUUAGUAUUAGAUAAUGCAUUUGAAUUCUCAUUAAAAAAGAAAACAAAGAAACCAUUGGGUCAAAUUUUAUUAAAGGGUGAUAAUAUUUUAAUGGUUUUUGAAGCUGCAACCAGACCUAUUGUCUAA